UUAAAUCACACAAUACAAAGGCCACCACCACCUCCUUUUCUCUUCUUCUUCCUCCUCGGGUUGGUCGGUCUUCAUUUCUUUUUUCUACCUUUGCUUUGUUUUGCUUUGUGUUCUUGUCACACAAGCUAAACUAAGCAAGCAAUCAAUCUAUCGAAGCUAAAGAUAAAAAGCCAUAACUAGUUUUCGUGUCAACUAUAUCCCUUAAACCUCAGCCGCCUUUAUUCAGGUUUGGUUUUGUUACUGAAUUUUUGUCUUUCUGGGUUGAGGUUGAACUCAUUUAAUCAUAUCUAGCCUUUUAUCUACAAGUUUUGAGUAUUGGGUUAUGAUCUUUUUAGCUCUUUUUUGAGAUGUGGGUUUGUGUUCUUUGGGGAUUUGGUAGUAGAAUUUUUUAAGGAAAAUUUUGACACUUUAAUCACUGUGGUACUAUUCCAUCUGGGUUCUUAUUAUUUUUUAGUUUUCUCAAUUGGGUUUUGAAGUUUGUGAUUGGAUUUUCUACACACUGCUUGAAAUUGUAGUGGCUUAUAUAAGAGGAUUUUGGAGAUAAUUGAAAUUUUCUACAGAAAGCCGCUUUGGUAUUGACCCAAUUUUGAGAAAAUUUAUGGAAAAUUUGAUCUUGAAAACGCUAGUGGAGCUUAGAAGUGAGUAGAAGACAUUGGACUUGCCUGGUUGGAUGCUGCAAUUUGAUCCCUUCAACUACUAGUAGCAUUAAUCAGCUUAUUUAUCUGAAAAAAGGGUUAUUUCGUUGUCAAAUUUGUGAAGGAAGCAUUAAAGGUCUCAUUUUCUGUCAAAUUUGGGGUUUGUAGAUUUUGAUCAAAACUUCAAGGCGAUUACACAAAAUUAGUAUUUAGAGUGCUGAACACGAAGAUUAAUGGGCUUCAAAAUCUUUAUCCUACUUGGCUGACUGGGCUGCGCUUGGUGUUGACUGGGAGAAUUCUGAACUGAUGCUCUAGUUAUUAUCAUUUUGUUUAUGCAAAGUGAGCAAAUGCUGAGCUUUAGAAUGGAGUUUGCUAUUUUAAGCCUCUUGUUGCUAGUUCAAUUGUCAGCUAUCUAUAGCUCUGGUUUCGUCACAGAGUCUAAAGUUUGUGGUGAUCUUGUUGCCUAUUCAAAUUCUUAUGGGAAUGAAUUGUUUUAUAUAAACGGGAAUUUAGUGGAAAAAGAUUUAUUCUGUGGGGCUCUCCUAACCUACAAUGGAAAUGAUUGCAACUUCGAGGGAUACCUCAGAAGUGAUCACUGUCAAUUGGAUGUUUCAACAGAUGAUUUUUUCUCUAAGAAAGGUAGGAAACUCUUGCAAAAGGAUCCAAAAUACAAAUCCACUAUCCCCGAACAGAAAAACGACGAUGGAGAAGAAAAAAGGGAUUCCAAACAUGGGUCAACUAAAAGCAAAAUUGGAUUACUAGCAGCAGGAUCCGUUUUAGCCUGUUGUAUUGUUCUGUGUCCGUGCUUGCACAAGAAAAGAAAAGAAAAUUCCUCCACUGCUCUUACCAAGGAUCAUCAUUAUACAAUGGAAUCCGUUUCCUCUUUUGAAGUAAGUUCUGCAGCUGAAAAAAUCCCAGCUAGUUCAUAUCGUGUACCGCCUAGUCCUAGAUUUUCUCCACAACUCAGUAGACUUGGAUCAUUGCAUCUCAACAUGAGUCAGGUAGCCAGAGCAACUCGUAAUUUCUCAUCGUCGCUUCAGAUAGGUGAAGGAGGGUUUGGAACGGUCUACAAAGCCCAGCUAGAUAAUGGCCUUAUAGUUGCUAUUAAGCGAGGAAAGAAGGAACAAUAUGAAAAUCUCAGCACCGAGUUCAGCAGUGAAGUUGAGCUUCUAGCAAAAAUUGAUCACCGGAAUUUAGUGAAGUUACUUGGUUAUGUUGAUCAAGGAAAUGAACGCCUUAUUAUAACAGAGUAUGUGCCAAAUGGUACACUUAGAGAACAUUUGGAUGGUCAUCGUGGGAGAAUUCUUGAUUUCAAUCAACGACUUGAAAUUGCCAUUGAUGUUGCUCAUGGCCUAACUUAUCUUCAUCUAUAUGCUGAGAAGCAAAUCAUCCACCGAGAUGUGAAAUCGUCCAACAUUCUUUUGACAGAAAGCAUGAGAGCCAAGGUUGCAGAUUUUGGAUUUGCAAAGCUGGGUCCAAUGGAGUCAGACGAAACACACAUUUCAACCAAAGUGAAAGGAACAGUCGGUUACCUAGACCCCGAGUACAUGAAGACUUAUCAACUCACCGCCAAGAGUGAUGUAUACUCAUUUGGAAUUUUACUGAUAGAGAUUAUGACAGGUCGUCGACCAGUGGAACUGAAGAAACCCGUAGAAGAGCGGAUAACACUCAGAUGGGCCUUCAGCAGAUACAAUGAGGGGCGUGUAACCGAAUUGGUUGAUCCUUUAAUGGAGGAGGUUGUAGAUGCAGAGAUACUCAAUAAAAUAUUUGGUUUGGCCAUUCAGUGUGCUGCGCCUAUUCGAACCGACCGACCUGACAUGAAAUUAGUUGGAGAGCAGUUGUGGGCAAUAAGAGCUGACUAUGUAAGAUCUGCAAGAAGAGUUUAGUUAAUAUAAUAUGUAUGGAUUGGUUUCCACUUUUCUUCCUUAUUCCUUUUACCUCCUACCUUACCCCUUUCUCCUCCUCCCCCUGAAAGUGUAACGUUUCUUCAACUUUUACCAUGUAAAGAAAGAGUUUGGCUAUGAACAAAGUUUUACUUUUUGGUUCUAAUCUCUUUCUAGUUUCAUUCUCAUUCUUGUAUAUUGUGAUACUUACUAUUAUGUUUCAUUCUGAUCUUUUUUUUA